AAAUCAAGCAAAAUCAUCAACAAUACAACAACCAACUCAAACUCAACAAUCAAAUAUAAACAAUAAUACAGCAAAACCAAGAGCUGCACCACCUCUUAAAUUAGUUAUAACGAAUAGUAAUCCAAGUUUAAAACAAAAGCCACAAUCACAACAAACAAUACCACAACAAUCAGUACCACAACAAUCAAUACCACAACAAACAAUUCAGCAAUCAGUACCACAGCAACAACCAAAUCAAUCACAACAAGUAAAUGUAAAUCGUACCAUAAAUCCACAACAACAACAACAACAACAACAACAACAACAACAACAACAACAACAACAAAAUAUAAAUCGUACAGCUCCUUUACCUCAACAAUCAAAUUAUAAACCACAACCAGGUGUAAUUUAUCAACAACAACAACAAACACAGUAUAGAGUUGGCACACCAUUAACAAUCAAUAGAUCACCAAUGGUUGGAAUGGUAUCAAAACAACCUAUGAGUUCAUCACAACAACAAUCACAAUCACAACAAAAUAUACAGAGAGUUCCUUGUCAAGGUAAAUGUUGUGCAGGAUUAGCAGUAAAACCAUUGGUUCCAAUUAAUUCUAUAACAGCUAAACCACCACCAUAUAGUACAAUGGGUCCACGUGGACCAAUAAGUGGUGGCUUUGUUAGAACUUCUCCAACUGGUGCAAUCAUUGGACCAUCACCACAACAACAAACUAUGAGUAGAGCAAUGGUAAAUAGUAUGCCAAUUCAACCACAAAUUCAAAUAAAACCAAAACCAUCACCACUUAACAAUGGUGGUAUUCCAAUAACCACAACAACAACAACAACAACAAAUCCAUUAAAUAAAUCAUCUCCUUCAACUUUAACACAAUCAUCAAAUACUCUAGCAUCAUCAAAUAAUAAUAUAACAACUUCAAAUUCAUUAUCCUCAUCAACAUCAUCAUUACCAACAACUUCCACUACUCCAACUACAAAACCAAAAUCAAAACCUAGAUCAAAAUCAAAUAGCAAUUCACAAACAUCAUCAUCAACAACAUCAUCAUCAUCAACACCAUCAACACCAACAACCAAUUCUACAAAAAAUAAAGAAAAUACAACACCAAAUAAAGGUGAUGAUAGUGGAACUGAUAAUGAGAAAUCAUCAUUAUCAAAUUCUAGUAAAUUAUUACCAACAGCCUAUACAAUGGAUCAAGUAUUACCAUUUAAUCCUAAUCAAAUGUUUUUAGGUCCAGAAGAUAAAUAUAUAAAAUCUGCAACUCGUACCUAUCAUAAAAUACCAACCAAUCCAUCAGUAAUGUCGAAUAAUAGGGGCGCAGAAAUACCGAGUAGUUUAGAAUACAUUCUCGAUAUCCCAAUUAUUCAUGAUGAACCUUCCUCUAAAAAUAAUCCAACUUGGGGUCGUUUAAUAUUAGAUGCUUUAAGAAGAUUAGUUGCAAAUAAAAAAACAACAAGAAUAACAGAAAGAUUAAAAUUAGAUAAUAUGUAUAAAGAUAUGGAUAGUAGAUCAAAUCAGGAUAAAUUAGAUUGGAAGAAUGGUUUAGUAAAUGAAGCACAACUUAAUUAUCUUUUAAGUUUUUUAUCAAAUACAAUUCCAUUUCCAGAUACACCUGAAAAAAAUAAAAAUAAAUAUUUAUCAAGUAGUGACUCACAAAUUAUAAAUAGUAAUGAUCAAUCAAAUAGUUUAAAUAGCAACAACAGCAGCAACAAUAGUACUACUAAUAAUAAUAAUAGUAGUACUACUACCAAUAGUACUAAUAAUAUUAUUAAUAAUAAUAAUAACAACAACACAUCAAGUGUCCCAAAUUCAACAAAUAAUUCAAAUAAUUCAUCACCUGAACAACAAGAUGUAAUUGAUAUGGAACUUAAAUUAGAACCUGAUAAUUCUAUGAAUUUUCCAAUUGAAAUUAAUAUGGAUAGUUUAGGUUCAUAUAUUGAUGAUUCUUUUACUUUUGAUAAUAGUUCUUAUGAUGAUACAGCUACUAUUAGUAGUGAUGAUAAAAAUUUACCAAUAACUACAGUUAUGCCACCAACAACAUCAACUACCUCAACUCCACAAACAAUAACAAAUACAAUUCCAACCACAACACCAACUAUUAUAUCACCACCAACAAUUACAACUACAACUACAACAACAAAAACAACAUCACCUCCAACUAUAACAACAACAACAUCACCUCCAACUAUAACAACAACAACAUCACCUCCAACUAUAACAACAACAACCACAACAAUAAAUAGUAUCACUCCAACAACUUCUACAUCCUCAACUAUCAAUUCUAAUACAACACCUAUGUUAGAUAUUGUAAUUGAUCCAGUUAUUUCUUUGGAACUUUUAGAUGAAAAUCAUCAACAACAACAAAAUAAAGAGGUAAAAGAAGAAAAUGUACAUUCAAAACAACAACCACCACAACAACAACAACAACAACAACAACAACAACAACAACAACAACAACAACAACAACAACAACAACAACAACAACAACAACAACAAGAAGAUUUUAUGAUUCAAGUCCAAACAUCAGAUUUAGAAACACAAACACAAAUUCAACAAGAUAAAGAAGAGAUUCAAGUGAAACCAAUUGUAGAUAGUAAAAAAAGUGGAAAUUCACCAACACAAAUUCAACAACAACAACAACAUCAACAACAACAACAUCACCAUCAACAUAAUACAUUAACUCAAGGAUUUGAAUUUGGUAUGAUGAUGGAUAUAAUGAAUUCACCAAGUAGUACCUCAUCAAUGAAAAGAAAAAGAGAUGAUGUUGAUCAACCAAUCAAUCAAAUUAAUAAUUCAUCAAUGGUAGUUCAACAAAAUAAUGAUUUCUUUUCAGAUUUUAAUACAAUUGAAGCCCCAUUCAGUUCAUCUCACCAUUCUUCACAAUUAUCAUUUCAAACACCUUUUAGUCCUGAUAUUGUAAUUGAUAGUGAUUUUCAAAAUAAAAAGCGUAUUGUUUCUUAA